AUGGGCUCGCACGCAUUGGCUGGCCGUGCACCAAUCAGGAAGCCCUAGGGAAUGACAUGAUUAGUAACAUGUUGAUAACCGCAAUGUAUCCCACUGGACAACUUAUGGAUUUUCUCAUGCAUUCCAGUGUUUGGUUGGUUUGGUUGGACCCUUGAACUAAAAUGUCAAACAUUAGAUUACAUUCAAAUGUAUUGUCAUUAUGUAAUACGUGUGUACACCUUAAGAGUCACGCUGGACAACACAAGUGGCAGCUCAAGCUUUUUGGCUUGUUGUCUGGCGCUCUCGUCUCUCAAUUUGUGGACUAUGGUUCGAGCCCCGGCCGGGAAGGACAGAGCGGCCAGACCAAGCCGAUUACGAUUACAGGUCCGCGUCAUUUCCAGACAGCCAUCCUCCCUAACUUAUACUGACUCCACCCCGCACCCCUCACUCCCUUCGCUCACUGAGAGGACGAGCAUCCACACAGAGGACGGAUGCUCUGGCCAUGAGGAUCUUUGUCUGCUACGAGGAGUCCUGGGAGUCCUUUGACGUGCCCGCAGGUCAGACCGUGGGAGCCAUUAAGAAGAUGGUGAAGGACUCCUUCCUGGUGUGUCUCCCCGAUGACCACCUGGAAGUGAGCUACGGUGGUGCAGCCCUGCAGGAUGGCUGGACUUUGGGUGACGUGGGCGUCGCAAGUGGAAACUCCAUAAAAUGCUGCUUAAAGAGCGAUGAGAGGCCAGCGAUGUUUGUGUUUAACGCUGUGACGGGAGAAACGUUUCCAGUCACAGGAAGUGCGUCUCUCCAAAAUAUGUCCGUGUCCCAACUGACAAGUGCGGUGUCGGCGCACAGCGGACUUCCUGUCAGUGUUUUUCGCCUCAGCACACCUGCCGGAGUUCAGCUUUAUGACUGCAACACGCUGCAGGACUACGCCAUCAAAGUGGGUGCAAUCCUCCGUUUGGAUGCAUGGGACGGGUGGGUGGAGUUCCUCCGAGGUUGCCUCCUUGGCCACGUAGCCACGGUCCAAGGUCAAACAUCAAAGAAGAAGCUUGUAAUGAGAUUCCAGCUGCGGGUGGCGCUCUACAUGGCAGCUUCUUUGGGCCACCUGGAGCUGGCAGAUUGGCUCCUGGAGAAGGGGGUUCCCGCUGAUCACCCAGUGGGGGUCCAUCUGUACCGCCAGUGGUGCCAGCGAACUGCCCACAGAGACACGAGACGAUGUCCCGUUCACGUCGCCGCAGAAAGCAACCGGCUCCUCAUCCUCAAGCUUUUUGUCACCAAGGAUAUUUUCACGCUGGCUUGCCGGGACCCUGCAGGUCGUGACCCUUUGAGGAUUGUUGUGCAGCACGGCCACAGGGAGUGCGCUCGCUACUUAGCAGAGAAGCUAAGUUCGGUUGUAUCCCUGCAAAAUAUGUCCCUGCCUGUUCGUAUUUACCUUCAGAUGAAGCGCUGGCUCCGGGCGGCGCAGCGAAGGACGGCCUCAGGUCCGUGGCGGCGCACCUUCACCUGCAAGGUGCUGUCGGUAGACGGCUUCACUCCGCCAAAGAUGUCCUCCAAACCCAGGAAACUCAAGCCCGCCUCCAAUGAGACAUUACCACAUCUUGGUAGCGAGAUGUCUGAGAAUCCUCCGGUCCUCCUUAAAGAGAUGCGGAUUAAUCCAAAGCCAAGUCAAAAGGACACACACAGGAGUGCAGGACUUCGGUCUUCACUCCCACCUCUCAGCUCUCCCACAUCACCACGAGUCCGCCGUCUCUAUGCGGCACCGUCGCACCACAGGGGGUCAACGGCCAGAGAAAAUGCGAUACGCUGCUUGACAAUUGCCAGUACUUUUACAGCGAAGCCUUGGUGGAAGCAGUUGAGCAUCGCACGCACUCUUGCCAGGAAGCAGAUGCAGAGCCUGCCCUGAAUCUGCAGACCGUUCCAUAUGCCAUAAAACCUGCUGACACAGCGGAUGACGAGGACGUCCUUCAGAGUGACAACUGAGAAUUUGAUUGUCCGAGACGGUGACACCCCAUCCUCCCGCUCCAAUAACUUCUACUGACAUGCUGGAAGAAUUUCUGCCUUAUUUUCUUUAUUUCUUUAGUUUGCCUUUGCUAUAGAUUUUACUUGAAAUUAUGGUUAUGGUAUUAGUAUAUUUCCAGUUUCUCAUUACAAAAUGUACAAAAAGGAGUAGAAAGAAGCAGAGCUUAUUUAGUUUAAUCCUACCCUUUUUCCAUUUUAACAGCAACACAUGUGUUUACAUCCUGUCCUAAAUUUGUAACACAAAGAAAGAAAUGAAUAAA